AUGGAGCAGAAAAAGGCUAAGAAGAUUGAUCAUGAGGAGUAUAAGGAAAUAUAUGGGGCUGCGUUAUGUAUUAGUUCAUUCAAGCAUUUGAUAUUAAGCCCUGAAAGUGCAAUGAAUUUGCAAGCAUCAUUGCAAGCCACCAUUGACAUUCCUCGGGUGCCGAGUCUUAAUGGCCUCAUCGGAAGGUGCAGCCAACCCUUUGAGAAGCAGCUCACUGAAACUGAUGUGAAUUCCAAGCAAUGCAGGCUUUCAAUCAAUAAGGUUGAUGUGGAGAAUGCUGUGAUGCCAUUGUUGAAGGAAGAGGAGGAUGUUGAGAAAGGGAUUCGGGUCAAAGUUUAUGAUGCCAACGGGAAAGAGUACCCCAUGACUCUCAAGCUUUGGGCGCAUAAACUUCAUGUCCUCAAAGAAGGUUGGAUUGAGUUUUGCACUGAUCAUGCUUUACUUGCGCAUCAAGAUUUUCUUAAACUCUGGGUGUUUAGGAACCUCCACACACAGGAUCUUUGCUUUUUCAUCACUUCAAGAAGAUUGCAGGAGUUUCAACCUAUUAAGAAGAGAAGGCUCAAUGCCUGA